CUUCAUGACAGCGUUAGGAACGAUGAUUUUCGGUCGACGACUCGGAUGUGUCGCAAUGGAUGUCAGAGCUCAUGGAACUGGUGGUAGUGAUGGCAGUGGUGGUUGUGCUGAUGACAAUCACAGGCCAAUGGCAAACAUACAUGAGUUCGUUCAUUGUGUGCAACAGAUAUUUGUGGAGUCGGCUAACAUGCAGCUCAUCCCUCCAAAACUCGCUAACCGACUCAAUCUACCCGUUUGGCAACGCUUUGUCGGCGCCGCCGGAAAGGCACUUACUUUAGCUCGCAGUUAUGUGAACGAUAACGUAGAAGAGAUGAAAAGACGACAAACGAAUGGACAGUGCGAUGGAAUGGGAGGUCAGGGAAUAAUCCGAGAACUGCUCGAAGAGGGCUCUAUAGACCAGGAAGAAAUCGUUCGCAUUAUUGUCGAUCUGUUCAUUGCAGCCGCCGAUACGACAUCACAUGCUACUCAAUGGGCUCUCUAUCUGUUGUCUCGUAAUCCCAAAUGUCAGCAAAAAAUGUUAGAUGAAGUGAAUGGUGUAACCGGUGGACAGUUAUUAGAAGAAACCCAUUUACCACAGCUUUCCUAUGUGAAGGGCGUCAUCAAAGAAGCGCUCAGGCUAUAUCCGGUCGCGCCAUUCCUGUCAAGAUAUCUCUCACAAGACAUGGAACUGUCAGGAUAUGGCAUCCCUUCGGGA